CCAGUCGGCUACAGGAGAGGGGACGCACUGGACGCUCCUGUUCGCUCCCUGCCUCUGCGACUAUCUCGAACUCACGACGGCCGCUCAGUGCUCGAAAGUUUCCAACUCGAUCCAAGUAGUUGACGGAUUUUAAGUGCAUUUGAACUAUGGAUAUUGAGAUAACUUGAAACCACAGAAGCAAACUGGCACACAAAAUACAGCCACGUACUUGGGACUCUGGACACACAAUGUUAUUGCAAUGACGUCGAAGCAAAAUGGCUAUUUCCACUCAUCUUUCCAUUGGAAAAUGCGGUGUAUACGCAUUUUUGAUUGUCAUUCAUACUCGGAUACUGCAAGGAGAAGAACAACCACAAUGUCCAAGUUUGGCAGAGAACCCUAUAUGCCCCUGUUAUAACUUCAAAGAAGGUCUAUUUGUAGAAUGUCCUAGUGCGACACCUGGAGUUGUGAAAAAUGUGUUGUCGAAGAUAAAAGGAUCAAUCCAAUCUUUAUCGAUCUACGAUCUUGAAAGUACAACCACAGUGUUGAAGUCGGAACUAUUUCCCACAAAUACGAAAAUAUUUAACCUACAAAUAUCGCAAUCAAACAUAAAUAAAAUAAGUGCCGACGCUUUCGCCUUACUGCGAGAUUCGUUGAUGUCUCUGAGCAUCAUUUCCAGUAAAUUAAACAGAAUUCCACAUGAAUCAUUUUUUGAACUGUACAACAUCGAAGCACUUGAUUUACAACUCAACGACAUCAAAGAUAUACAACCAAACACUUUCCGAAAUCUCAGAUUGAAGAAACUAAAUUUAAAAGGAAAUAAAAUUGUCAACAUUUCUGAAAAUGCAUUUUACAAUUUGGAAGAAUCGCUAGCAGAACUUGAUUUGACGGAAAAUUUUCUGGAUGUAUUUCCAUUGCAGCCACUAGGAAGAUUAAAUAAACUAAAUAAUUUAAGGCUAGCGUGGAACAAAAUACAUUUAAUACCAGACAAUGUAAACAUAACAAUUCCAAAUUUACUAACUUUAGAUUUAAGUUCUAAUUCUUUCACUGUUAUAGAAAAAAAUUGGUUUCGAUGUAUGCCCAAGAUAAAAACGUUAACUUUUUUUAGUAAUCAAAUACAAAAAAUACAUGAAGAAGCAUUUAAAUCACUGAGUGAUCUAGAAACUGUGGAUUUAAGUCGUAAUAAAAUCAUUAAUAUUGAUAGAAAUAUUUUUCAACAAAAUUUAAAAAUUCGAACAAUCGAUUUAAGUCACAAUCACCUUCAUCACAUCAAGGGUUUAUUUUCAAACCUUCGCCACCUUUCUGAAAUAUUUCUAUCAGAAAAUAAUAUUUUAGAAAUUCCAGAUGAUGCAUUUAAAAAUACAAUAAGUUUAACAGUUCUCAAUUUAGAACACAAUGCUAUACAGAAAUUAAAUCCAAACAGCUUUUCAUCAUUACAAAAUUUAACUCAACUGCACAUGGGAACAAAUUUUUUGAAAAAACUUCCUCGUAAUAUUUUUCAUUUUAAUCAUAAGUUAGUGACCUUAAGCUUAGAUAAUAAUGAAAUUGACGAAUUAGAUGAAUCAGUAUUUGAUAAAUUGGUUGAAUUAAAAGAAAUUCGUUUACAAAAUAAUAAGUUAAGUCACAUAAAACGGAGUGUAUUUAGCCCAUUGCCUGAACUUUUAGAGCUGCAUUUACAAAAUAAUGCAAUUCAAACUAUAGAUUCUCAUGCAUUUAUAACUCUCAAACGUCUGCAGCAUAUUAAUUUGCAGGCUAAUCGCUUAACAGUUAUUGGAGACGUGUUCCCAAAUAGAAACUCUUCAUUAGUAUCUAUUCAACUUGCUGUAAAUUAUUUAUCGUUAUUAAAAAACAGCUCUCUUAGAGGGCAAGUUAACGUGCAAAUAAUGUGGCUCAGCCAAAAUAAUAUUAAAGUGUUAACUUCUAAUCUAUUCAAUGAUUUGUUAAACAUUCAAAGGCUGUAUUUAAAAAAUAACAGUAUUGUACAUAUAGAAAAUAAGACUUUUAUGCAUUUAAAGAAAUUGAAAUAUUUAGAUGUAAGUAAUAAUAGGCUUGUAAAAUUGAACAAUGAAACAUUUUAUAAUCUUGUAACCCUCGAAGAACUGUAUCUUCAAUACAAUUUCAUAAAUCAACUUGCCAAAGACACUUUCAAGUAUUUUAUAAAGCUUAAAGUUUUAGAUUUGUCCCACAAUGAGAUUAUUGUAUUGGAUUUUGAUAUUUCAUCUUUGCCUAUUAAACAACUCCGACUUAACAAAAAUUCAAUAUCAAUAAUUGAAGCAGAUUCAUUGAAAACUUUGCCAAACUUGAGUGACUUAGAAAUGAACAAUAAUCUCUUGACGUGGGAAGAUAUUAUUCAAGUUCAGAUACCUGGACUGAAAUCGCUGUUAAUAGCUAGAAAUAAUUUUAACGUAUUGGAAAAUAAGACAUUCACUCAUUUACCUUCAUUACAAACUUUGUCAAUGGAAAAGUCGAACAUAUCCCAGUUGCCCCCGGCAACGUUCAUUAAAAACCAGAAUCUUUUGCGAAUAAACUUGGCAUACAACAAUUUAAAAGAUUUACACAAAGACGUCUUUGCUUAUACAACAAUAUUGCAAGACUUGAAUUUAAGGGGCAAUAAUUUCACAGAAUUUCCACAUGUGGCAUUAUUUAACAUCACAUCCCUCGAGAUAUUGGAUUUAUGUCACAACCAAUUGCAUAGUGUAGACUUCUUCAAAUUUGUGGGUCUGCAAAACUUAAGAAUAUUGAAUUUAUGUGACAAUCGUAUUUCUAUUUUGAAUGGAUUUAACUCUCCGAGCUUAAAAAAUCUAGUUACUUUAAAUAUGAGCAACAACAUUUUGACAGUUCUUCCUCCUAACUUUUUCCAACAUUCAACGGGAUUAAAAGAAAUAGACUUGUCUCAAAAUCUUUUUAAACAUAUACCAAGCAGUGGGCUAUCUGAAUCCAUUUUACCUGCCCUCACGAGCCUAAAUAUGUCAUCAAAUCUUUUCAAACAAUUGUUCCAAUUACAUCCAAGUAGAUUAUUUUCAGUCAUGGAAGAAUUAGUUGUUACAAAUACAAACUUAACAAUUAUUACAAGCAGAGAUUUUGAAAAUUUUCCAGCACUUAAAAAGUUAAUUCUCACCCAAAAUGCUAUAGAGCGGCUGUCACCGGGUGCUUUUUCUAAAUUACAUAGUUUAGAAAAGCUAGAUCUAAGUCAUAAUAAACUGGAAAAUAUUCCUAGAGAAAGACUUCAAGGAUUAUAUCUAGUGCGAAUUGUUAAUAUUUCAAAAAAUGUAAUUAGAGAUUUGGAAGAAUUUACAUCAGAUUUACAGAGCCUACAAAAGUUGGAUAUAUCUUCGAACCACAUAUCUAAGAUAACAAGAGAUAUAUUCCGUGGCUUGCAAAGCCUCACAGAAGUAUAUCUAAGCAACAACUGGCUAUCUGCGAUAUCAUCAGAGGCCUUCCAGAAUCUAAACAAACUCACCUUCAUUGACUUGAGUCACAACUACUUUGAAGUAUUCCAGAUGAAAAUGAUAUUAUCACUAGAAACGCAAGUUAAGACGAUAUCGUUAGAUGAAAAUCCGUUGACGUGCAAUUGUGAAUCACAGGAAAUUUGGAGAUGGAUGCAAGAUCACCACAAAAUUGUGUUGAAACGCAGCAGUAACUUACGCUGCGAGCAUCCGGAGGAGUUGCACGGGUACAGCUUCAUCGAGCUCCCGGCUCAGAAACUAUGCGACAUGCCGAUAGUAAUCCGGGUGGCUAUACAAGAUAUUCAAACAUAUUCCGUAGUCGUGUCGUGGCAAAGUCGCAACCAAAGUGGCUUAACUGGAUAUCAAGUGGCCUACUUCGGUGAACAAACUCCUAAUAUCAUUCGAGGAAAACUGUUGAAUGCGACAGCUCGAUCCACAAGAUUGAAUCACUUGACCCCCGGUUCCCGAUACACAGUGUGCGUGUUAGCAGUUGGCAACUUCGGUGCCACGGCCUCUGUCAGCUCCUCAACACCCGACGCCAGAAUAGCUGCUCCACUCGACAACCCAACUCAUCCAUACGGAGACGAACAAGUAUUCAACCAUUUAAGAUCCUAUAUGAACGACACACUUACAAGUAAAUGCGCUACAGUAUCCACUAUAGAACUAUUUAGCACCGCUUUAGAUAGUCCAUUCUCUAAUACCUACAUGGGCAUCGCUGACAUAUUAACUAGAAGACUUAGCCUGGUUGUGGGGUGUUGUAUUGGAUUCAUAGUAUUCGUCGUGUUAGUGUCUGCUUUAGGGUACAUAAAGACUAAAAAACGUCCAGUAGUGGCUAAAGUUGAAGUGCAGCAGGUUCCCCAAUAUAUUUCAUACGAUAAUUUCAAUACUCCUCCUGUGGACGUCCAGACCACGGACAUGGAUAUCAAUACGGCAACAGACAAGACGAAGCCGCAGUGUAAACAUGAGUAAACGAUAUUGUAUGUACAAACCUAUGUCGGAAAGGAACUUUCAACAACUUAAAGAGCGAUACGGGUUCGAAUUUUUCCAAUUUGAUUCCCUCAUGAAUAGGAUGCCACUCACGGCGGGAUGGAACCUUUUGUACCUUCAUCGUCUUUGAAACUUCUUUCCGGAGUUUGGCAGACAGAAAUGAAUUAUUGCAACUACGAGCUAUCAAUAACGAAAUGUGUGAUAAUCGAAAAAGUUUGACGUCAGUCACAUAACUUCUCCAAGAAAAGAAAUUUAUUUGCUCGUUAUUAAAAUGUUAUUAGAUAUUUAUUUUGGUCAAUUAUUUUUAGGAUGAGGGUAUCGUUUGAUAUUAAAUUAUGCAAUUUCAUUUGGGAGUACGUUUGUUUAUUCAUUGAAGUAAUUUUUCACAGACGGUAGGGACGCUUUGCAGUCUUGGAAAUAAAAUAUUUGACCUCGGAAACACACAGAAUACUUGAUUACUUUCGUAAUGCAUCUUUUUUGUUAUUGUUUAUUUUUUAUAAUUUUCAAGCACAAUCUUUUGAAAUGCAAGGUUACUUGUGAUUUUUACUUUUUACUUUGUUUACGUCCGAAUAGUUCGCAAUAUAAUUAUCAUUAGUUAAUGUUUAUCUAAUGAAUAGUGUAAAACAAUGGUGUGUAUACUGUAUAUUGAAUAUGAAUGCCAACUUUGUUAGCUAUAAAGUGUAAAAUAAAAUCGGGAAGUAAUGUACGAACUUUGCGAAUGAAUAUGUAUAAAAUACGAAAGGAAUUACUUUAUGUAACUAUAGCGAUUAGGAUAAGUUGUGUAAAUGAACGAAAAUAUCAGACUUAUCUAGAAUAAAUAACGUACCAACUUAUGUUGAUGUCUGUUUUGAUUCAAAGGAAUUUUGUUAAAUCUAGAGUAACAACCGUAGUGUUGCUAAUAAAACAUUUAAAAGUA